CAAACUCUUCCCAUUUCAUCAUCCAUCAUCUCAUGGGCUGCUCCUUCUCAUCCAUGGUCACCGCCGUCGACGACGGAAGCUCCCCUAUCCCAUCCAAGGCAAUGGUGGUGGCGGCCGACGGUUCUCUCCUUCAGUAUAGCAGCGGCAUUCGAGCCUCUGAGGUGAUCAUAGCUGCCGGGCAAGUCUACGCGCUCUGCAACUCAGACAAACUCUUUUUUGAUGCAUAUCCGCCAGCAACAUCGCCUGACGAACUACUAAUACCCGGACAAAUAUACUUUCUUCUUCCAUUAGUGGAGCUAAAUCAACGACUGAGUGGUGCUACUGUGGCAGCUCUAGCAGUUCGAGCAAGCGCGGCCAUGAAGCGAGAAGCAGAGCGGCAGGGGAGAAGGAGGAUAAGGGUGCUUGAUGUUGAUGUCCACAAUGGAGCUGGAAAUUUUGAUUCCAGAUUGGUUGUGAGGAUGACACAGAUGAAGAGGAAAAGGAAGGGGGAAAAGGUGGGGAUUGGGAACAAUGUGCUGAGAAGUGAUUUGGCUACAAUUGAAGAGAUUGAUGAGGAUAGAGUAUAUUGUUGACUUUGAAUCCUUUGGUG